UUUCCGCUGACAUUUUCUUUGUUUUUCCAUCUCACGCUCGUUGCCAGUGGUCUCUAUAAUACGGUGGCUGACUAUUUUUUAAAACAUUUUUGUGAUGGCGGAGGACAGUGAAUCCGCGGCCAGUCAGCAGAGCCUGGAGCUAGACGACCAGGAUACCUGCGGUAUAGACGGAGAUAAUGAAGAGGAGAAUGAGCAUAUGCAGGGGAGUCCGGGGGAGAUUUGGGAGCCAAAAGGAAGAAGAAGAAACAGAAGAGAAAGAAAGAGAAGCCAAGCUCGGGGGGAGCUAAGUCUGGACUCUGCCUCUGACUCCCAGGAGAUCAAGAACCCUGGCUUGCCUAUUCAGAAGCUUCAGGACAUCCAAAGAGCCAUGAGUGCUGUCCUGCAGGGUCCAGCGAAGAGUAUCGACGAGGCCUCCAAGCACAAGUACCAGUUCUGGGAUACACAGCCUGUGCCCAAGUUGAAUGAGGUUGUGACAAGUCAUGGGCCAAUCGAAGCUGACAAAGAUAUCAGACAGGAGCCAUAUUCCUUACCUCAAGGCUUGUGGGACACUCUGGAUCUUAGCAAUGCAGAUGUGCUGAAGGAAGUGUACACAUUGUUAAAUGAAAACUAUGUGGAGGAUGAUGAUAAUAUGUUCAGAUUUGAUUAUUCACCAAACUUUCUCAAGUGGGCUCUACGUCCUCCUGGCUGGUUACCACAGUGGCAUUGUGGGGUAAGAGUGUCCUCAAAUAAGAAGCUUGUUGGCUUCAUCCGUGAUCCUGCAGAUAUUCGAAUCUAUGACACGUUGAAGAGGAUGGUCGAAAUUAACUUCCUGUGUGUCCAUAAGAAACUGCGAUCAAAGCGCGUAGCUCCAGUGUUAAUCAGGGAGAUCACAAGGAGGGUAAACCUUGAGGGAAUAUUUCAGGCUGUUUACACAGCAGGAGUAGUGCCUAAACCUGUGUCCACAUGCAGGUACUGGCAUCGUUCCUUGAACCCCAGAAAGCUUGUGGAGUUUAAAUUCUCCCACCUGAGCAGAAACAUGACUCUGCAAAGAACUAUGAAACUCUACAGACUACCAGAUAGCACCAAGACUCCAGGUCUGCGGCCAAUGGAGAAGCGUGAUAUCAGCCAGGUCACUGAGCUGCUACGAAAAUACCUGAAGCGUUUCCAGUUGGCACCUUCUAUGGGAGAAGAGGAGGUGGCUCAUUGGUUCUCUCCCCAGGACAACAUCAUUGAUACAUAUGUAGUAGAGGGUGCUGAUGGUGUACUGACAGAUUUUGCUAGUUUCUACACGCUGCCGUCCACAGUGAUGCAUCACCCUCUACAUAGGAGCUUGAAGGCCGCUUACUCUUUUUACAAUGUUCAUACACAAACCCCACUACUGGACUUAAUGAAUGAUGCACUGAGCCUUGCCAACUGAAAGGUUUUGAUGUGUUCAAUGCCUUGGAUCUAAUGGAAAAUAAGGUGUUUUUGGAGAAGCUCAAAUUUGGCAUAGGAGAUGGAAAUCUGCAGUAUUACCUCUACAACUGGAAAUGUCCCCCCUAUGGACCCUGAUAAGGUUGGCCUUGUCCUUCAGUAGCCUGUCUCUUCCAUGGUUGCUGCACACUGAUGAAGAGGUUGGCGACAACCUCUGGCUAUUCCUUACCUGGACAUCCAGGUAGCCCAAGCUAGACAAUGAGAACUACAACACUAAAACCAACCUGGUGACCAGGAUGCUCACCUCGCUUGAGGCAGGCUCCCGGCACUUGUGUCAUCGAGUACAUUCUCUGCUCACCUGGAGGUGAAAACUCUAAAUCAUCAACAUCCUGAAUGUGAAGUCAUGCUAUGCCUGAGAUACUCAUACAGUACAAUGCUCCUGACAUGCACACUCAUACUUAAAACAUAAAGUUUGACAUACAAGAGGAUGCCUUGACAUUGUGAAUUUUGUUUAGUUCUUCCUCUGCAGACAUCUCAUCACAAGGGACUCGCAUUUAAUUUGACUGGUUUGAAACUCUGUAAAUGGAUAUUCAAGAAACCAACUUGACCAGAUCAUACCGAUUAUCCCAACCAGAUGCUUAGCUAUUGUAUCCCCACUGCAACUGCACUCUUACAGCCAGAGAGGUUUUUAAAGGCAAUCGAGUAGUUCUUUUUCCAUCCUUUCCCUGUUCAUUGUGGUCAGACAUUUCUCUGCUGGGUGCUUUGGAAUGAUCACAGGCCUUUGAGGAAGUAGAAAUGCUGAGGUUGAAGCAUUUAUCUUAACUUUUUAAUGACAAAUUAUAAACAUAGAAACACUGUCAAAUACAUAUACACAACAAACAAUAUCUUCAUGGAAAGACUGGUGUGUUGGAACAAUGUUUUUGUUAAAAAAUAUAUAGUUACCUGUACAUUUAAAGCCAGAUCAUAUUUAUUCCUGUAGUACAAGUUUGGGGUUUGGGAGGGCUGAUCCAAAGUAUUAUCCUCAUUGUAGUUUAAAUGUCACUGAGUUUGUACGGGAAGAUCAGACGUCAUGGGUUCAACAUGGGUUUUGAUGAAGAAUGUAUUGCAUCAAUGAAGCACAAUUUUUGAGUUUGUAAACAAGCAAAAGGGUCAGUAGGCCCAGAUUUCCAAACAGAUGCGGUACUUUUAACCUCGGUUCUUACAACAGUGUGAGCUGUUAACGCAUUAUAAACCUGUUUCUAUAGCUAGUGUUUUAAUGGAACAGUCAAGCCAUGUUUAGAUUCAGACAGAUGUACAUCUUUUAUAACUCGCGUAAGCUUACAGAAGUUGCAUGUUGUACUACACACUUUCGCUGUUAAAUUAACGGCAAAUGUUAAGAACAUCUGCUUAAGUGCAAAGGUGAACAACGUCAAAAACUGGAAAACACAGAUGCUACAAGUUAAACUCUAGGCAGACUGAAUUUAAUUGGAAAUACUUUAAUGAUCUUGUGGCAAAUUUCUCUUGUUAAAUCUGGACAGAAGACAAAAAAAUAAAAUGGUGUAACUCAAAAAAUGAUAAUAGAUUAAAGGUUUAAAAACAAGCCAGUGUUUCUGUCCAGAGGCAGUUUUAUAGUGACUAAACAGCUUACUCGGUUUUAAGAAGAACAUAAGUUGUUCAAUGUUAAUGCAAGUGUUUUUUUCUGCCUCUUUCUUGCUCAAACAGAAACCACUGCAUACUUAUUCAAGUCCCCUUUUGCAAAGCAGUAAUAAUCUGCCUCACUAAAAUUAAAAGGUACAACACUGCAGCUGUUCUCAAAGAAACCACUGAAGUCCUUACCUACAGAACAAGCUUAAAUGUGUUCUUUAAACAAGAAAAUGCAGAUAAGAGCACAAAAUUCCAUCCGCAUUUAUUCAAAUAAGCCGAUAUCAGUAACUGCAUCAUUUGAAAUUUGAGCUUUUCUUGUUUUUCCCCAGGUCUUCUUUUUAUUGACUUGAUUUGUUUUUUUUUUAUGGUACUGUAUCUGUGUGUCUGUUAAACAUACUGUAGGUCAAUUUUUUUAGUGUGUUGUGCAGCUAAAUGCGUGAAAUUCUUUAAGCGGUUCUCAUAUUUAUAAUUGUACUUGUCUUAAAACUUUAAGAAAUUCCUGUUUCUUUUCCAGUAUUUUCUGUAAAAUGUUUUCAGUUAAAUAGGAUACUUCUAAACUUCCUUUUAGAGGUUUCAAGUAUUUGGCAGUUCCUUAAACUCGACUGUCAGACCACUCGUUCCGUGGUGGUGGUGCUGGUUUACUCAAAAUGUCAAGUGUUU